UGUAAUUAAGACACUUUAAAAACUCAUUUUAAAGGGGAACUGCCAUUGCCCUUUUUCUGGAUGACUUGUUAUAUUUUGGAUCCGCCUCGCCAGCUCGGUGUGGGAAAACAGAAUGUCUCAGGUGGACCGAACUUGACACGAGACCUGUACACACCGCAGAACACACGUGGAAGGCGGCCGCAGAUCUCCCACCUGCGCCGGGAUAAAGACAGCCAGGGCGGCGCGGGGCUCCGGGCCCGUCCCCGUGGCUUACAGAUCGCCGUAUCUACCGUUACGUGACGCGGCAGCCGGCAGCAGUUCACGCUUUCGUCAUUACAUAAGCACCUCGGCGACAACGGCUCUCCCUUCAAAGUGCAACGCCUUGACUUGUGCCUUUCGAACCCGACAUGGAUUCUGCCACCGCGAAAGACUCGGAGAAGACCUGCGUCCUGUGCUGCCAGGACAUCGACGUCUUCGCCCUGGGGAAAUGCGACCACCCGGUUUGCUACCGCUGCUCCACCAAGAUGCGGGUGCUGUGCGACCAGAAGUACUGCGCCGUCUGCCGGGAGGAGCUGGACAGGGUGGUGUUUGUGAAAAAGCUGGAGGCCUUUCAGUCUCUGCCCUAUCAGCAGUUCCCCUGUGACAAGAAGCACGACAUCUAUUUUGGUGACGAGAAGAUCCACGCUCAGUACAGGCAUCUUCUGUUGGCGGAGUGCGUGCGAUGUCCAGAGCCUAAGGUUUUCUCCAGGUUUGAGGAGCUGGAGCAGCACAUGAGGAAGCAGCACGAGUUGUUCUGUUGCAAACUCUGCUCAAAACACCUCAAGAUCUUCUCCCACGAGCGGAAGUGGUACAACCGGAAGGAGCUGGCACGCCACAGAGCGCACGGAGACCCGGACGACACGAGUCACAGAGGACACCCGCUCUGCAAGUUCUGCGAUGACCGAUACCUGGACAACGACGAGCUGCUGAAGCACCUGCGCAGGGACCACUUCUUCUGCCACUUCUGCGAUGCGGAUGGUUCUCAGGAAUACUACAGCGAUUACCCGUAUUUAAGCGACCACUUCAGGGAGAGUCACUACCUGUGCGAGGAGGGCCGCUGUGCCACGGAGCAGUUCACCCAUGCAUUCCGCAGCGAGAUAGACUACAAGGCCCACAAAGCUGCUGCGCACAGCAAGAACCGCGCAGAGGCCCGGCAGAACCGCCACAUCGACCUGCAGUUCACCUACGCCCCGAGACAGCAGAGGAGGAACGAAGGUCUGGUGACGGGCGAGGACUAUGAGGAAGCGCGGCACAAUCGAAGAGGAAGGCCUCAGGGAGGGCAGAAGAGCUGGAGGUACUCCCGGGAAAGAGAGGAAGAGGACAGGCAGGUGGACGCCGCUCUGAGGGCCUCCAUGGCGGUGCGCGGGCAGGCGGAGAGGGCUGCAGCUCAGGAGAGGAGCGCCCCUAAGCACUGCCGAGAGGAAAGGGCGGAGAGGACGGAACCGGAAGAGCCCAGGAACCAAACGGGACAACUCAAAACCGCCGGCAAGCCUCCAGUGAGAACAAUGAAAAGCAAAAAUCCAGGGGAUGAAGAUGAUUUUCCGGCUUUGGGAGCAACCGCCUCCGCACCACCCGUCGUAAAGCCGGCCCCCACAGGGUCAGCACCGGUCCACGCCGCCCUGAAGGAAGACGACUUCCCGAGCCUGUCGGCGGUGGCCGUGUCGGCCCCCAUGACGCCCGCGUACUCCGCGCAGCCCAGGAAGACCUCGUCUUUUCAAGAUGAGGAUUUCCCCGCCCUGGUCUCCAGAGUCCGACCCCCCAAGCCGGCCACGGGCACCACCACGGCGUGGUCCGGCCACACUGCCGCGGCCAAGCCCGCCGCCCAGCCCCUGCCGGCCUCCCGGCCGCCGCCGCACGCCUCGGCCUCCUCCGGCCCGCAGCCCCUCUCCUCCUCAGCUUCAUCCUCCUCUCGGAGGAAAAAGAAAGUCGGGGAGAGUGUAAAACCCGCCUCCCGCCCCUCCCCUCCUCUUUCCGACGACGAGGGCGGAGGAAUGACGCAGCAGGAGUUCCGCUCGGUGCCCACCAUGCUGGACAUCUCCUCCCUGCUCACCGUCAAAGGAGGGGCGGGCAAACCCGCCGCCGCGCCGCCGACCCCCCCCUCCACAAAUCCAGCUCCCAGCACAGACCUCUCCUCGUCCAAAGCCAACAAGAAGAAAAAGCAGAAGAACACGGCCGCCUCCUCCCCGUCUCCGCCCGCCGCGCCGGGGCCGACCGCCAACGCCGCCAUCGCCAACGCUAACGCGGCCUCGGUGAAAACGCUGGCGCAGAAGGAGAACGUCCCAGAGAAGUCGUGGAGCAAAGCAUUCUCCAACGCCGUGGCGGAAACGGCGGCGGGCGGGCUAGCCAACGGCUUCGCCGACACAGCCGAGGCUGUCAGCAGAGAGUCAGUGGCAGAAACCCCGCAGCCCAGCACCCAUCCUGCUCCAGAACAAGAGGAAGAAUUUCCCGCUCUCAUGACCAAGAAACCCCCCCCAGGCUUCAAGACGGCUUUUCCAAUGAAGGCCUCAACUGCUGCGCCACCCUCUGCAAUACCCCCACCGCCUCCUGGAUUGGGAGUGUCCACCCCUAAACCCCCCCCGGGCUUCACUGGAAUUCCCCUCAACAGCAACGUGGUGGAGCCGGCGCCCUCAGCGGUCAACCUACCCCCCAAGUUGUCCAGCAGCGGUUACCUGGUGCCAGAGGACUUCAAUCAGAGGAACCUGGAGCUGAUCCAGUCCAUCAGAAAGCACCUCCACAACGACGAGUCCAUGUUCAACCAGUUCAAAAACUACUCGGCCCAGUUUCGUCAGAGUGUGAUAUCGGCUGCCCAGUACCACCGCAGCUGUAAGGAACUGCUGGGCGAGAACUUCAACCGCAUCUUCAACGAGCUGCUGGUGCUCCUGCCCGACACGGGGAAGCAGCAGGAGCUCCUCGCCGCCCACGGAGACUGCAAGGCCCUGGAGAAGCAGUCCGGAGGAGGACGGAAAAACAAGAACAAGAAGAACGCCUGGCAGCUGCCCGCCACGGCCGCUGCCACGGCCGCCGAACUGGACUGCCAGGUGUGCCCCACCUGCAGACAGGUACUGGCCCCCAAAGACUUCAGCUCCCAUAAGACCCUGCACAUAAGGGAAAGUGAGGAAUUCCCUUCGUUGCAGUCAAUUAGCCGCAUCAUUAGCUAGCCCCGCCGCCUCCCGCCAGUCUUCCUCUGCGCUGUUUGGCAUCAUGGGGCGUAAUUGCCUUUGCCGCCCCCCCCCCCCCCC